AUGGAAGAAAUGGCAACCGUGAAGAGUAUAGCAAGUAGUGAUAAGGAAGAUGAACUGUUUGAAGAAAGGUCAAGGAGAAAAACCGACAAAUUGCUAAUCACUAACAGAACAAUAACUAACACUAACAAUCAUAAGGAGUCUCUAACACUUGCAAAUGCUCUCUACUUCAAAGGAACUUGGGCAGAGCCAUUUCUUCCAGUUCGAAGUGUUACUAAGAGUUUUUACACCCUAGAUGGGAAUAUGGUUCAGGUUCCCUACUUGACUGAAUAUUCUUUGGUCUAUUCAUAUGGAUCUUCUCAAGGAUGUAAGAUUCUUACGUUGCCUUAUAAAGUCGGCAAUCAAAAGGAGCUUAGCUUUUCCAUCAGCUUUUUUCUUCCUGAUGAGAAAGAUGGGCUGCCUGACUUGCUGAAACGAUUGAGUUCAGACUCGGCACUACUGAAGUUCAAAUUCAAUCAAGUGCGAAUGCGAAAGAUAAGGAUUCCAAAGUUCAAGCUUGAGUAUAACAUGGAGGUUUCUGAUAUGAUGGAACAAAUGGGGUUGAGGCUGAACCUUAAGAAGGACUCGGAGAUGUUAGAAGAUACAGAUCCUAACACCGUUGAAGAUAUGAAAGUUUGUCACAGUUGUUGUGUUGAAGUUGGUGAAAAUGGAUGUGAACCUUUAGCUGUACAGACAUUUGAUACCAGUACCAGAGAUGUUCCACCGCACACUGUGUUCAUUGCUGAUCAUCCAUUUAUGUUCAUGAUAAGGGAAGACUCUUCUGAAACUCCCAUCUUUCUUGGAGCUGUGGUUAAUCCCCUACUUCAAUGA